AUGGCGACUGCAGUGACAGAGAGAUUGAAUGAGGAUGGUGUUGAUGAUGAUGAUGGUUUUGUUGUUAAUUUUGAGAUUGCUACCGUUGAUGAGAUUGAGGUAGAAGAUGGGGAUAUUAUUAUUGGAGAAUAUUUUGAUGAAGAAGAUGAUUAUUCGUUUGAUGAUGAGGAAGUAAUUACUCAUGGGACAUCAAGAACCGCCAUCAAAAAAUUGAAGGCUCAAAGUUUUGUUAAUGAGAAAGAAGAGUUGGGAAAUUGCUGCGUAUGUUUGGAAGAGAUGUGGCGUGGGAAAGAGCAGCUUGUGGGUUUGCCUAAAAGCAAACAUAUCUAUCAUGAAAACUGUAUUCUUCAAUGGUUGGAGAACACCAAUUCUUGCCCUGUCUGCAGAACCCCAUUAGAGGAUUGA